UUCAGCAGCGAUGGCUGCCCAUUGAAAAUGAUAAACAACUUCAUGGAAGGGGAAUUACCUUCUGCUAUCGCAUACCAUGUGACCAUGAGGCUAACCAAUCAACAAAGCUUCCGGGAAUUUUCCGUCUACGCCAAAAAACGCUAAAUAUUGACUAAAGUGAUACGUUUUUGCUCUCAAAAUUUUCUUACAUUUUAUUUAAAUUACUUGGAUAAAAACAAUGAUAUUAAAAAAAGAGGAACAGGACAAUAUAUUGGUAACUGCUAGUGAUUUCGAUAAUAAGGAUUUACAAGUCAAUAAAGAUAAAAAUAUAACCAUGGGUUUGAAAGAAGGUGAAAAAGAUAAGAGCACAGUGGAUUCCAUCACAGAGGGACUAAACUUGUGUAACAUUGAAGAUGGGGUCUCUAACAUAGAGCUCACAGAACAGCUGAAGACAUUGUCUUUAUCUGACAGAGAACACUCUCCAGUGAAACUAGAACCACAGGAGGACGAUGAAAAUGGCAGCAAUGAAAACGAAAAAGAUGAAAAGACAGAUAAUGAUGACGUGAAAGAAGUGACCAAGUAUGAUGCACUCGUUAAGCUGGAUGCACCUAGCUUUGAUGACAAUGAGGAUUGUGCUGAGAAUGAAGCUCAACCAGACGGUGAGCUUGAAACAAGAGGUCCAACCAAUGGUGUCCCAUCUGUCAACUACAAUACAAUGUACAGGAAUGUCAUGCCAGAUCACAUGGUGAUGAACCUGCCCCCCAACUUCCCAUGCUACAACAACUACCAGCCUAACAUGAUGGCAGGGGCUUGCGGCCAGAACCAGAAAAGGAUGAUGGAACAGGAAGACAUAUACUUCGAGUGCCCCAAGUACGUCAAGCCUCCAGUCAUGGGAAACAACUACACACAGAUCAACACAAACUACAUGCCAAUGAACAACCUCAAUGAACCUGCGGCUUCAAGAGCACUGCCACAGACAAAAAAGGUUGUACUUCAAACCCAGCUGUCUGGCAGCACAAUGAUACAGUCUGGGGAUCUCGUCCCUGAUGCUAACCUACAGCUGUGCCAGGGCUUCCCAGAUGACUUUCUGGAUGACAACUUGUUCACUAAAGAACUAGAGACAGACUUCUACGCUGGAUUCAACUACAUCCCACCCAAGGAGUACCAGCCCGUCCAGCAGAUAGAGGACUACAAGAACAAGCGCUGGAGCAGCGAUGAUGUUGCCAGCGACGGCUACGGCAGCGACCCAGGGUCACAGUCUUCACCGGCCCCCAGCCCAUACUCCAUGAUGGAUGCCUCUGGGGCAUCGCCCUCUGGGACCAGCUUUUCCCCACCCCCCUCCAACUUGUCAGCAGACUCUGGUGUCAAUAGCCCUAUGGCAGAUGAUGUCCGUAGCCCAAGGCAGGUUGGCAUGAGCCCCCGCACAGUGAGGUCGCCCUACGUCGGGUUGUCCCACAUGACGCCACCAUACACCAUGUCACCCCCACACCCCCAGUCACCCCCACAGCAGCCCACCUACUGCUCACCUGCCCAUGAGAUGACCGAGUACAACUACCCAGAGCCAUUGCAGCUGCAGCAACAGAACUUUGAGGUCACCCCCCAAAGUAACCCCGCAGAGGAUAACUACACGAGCUCCUAUGUCACUGAACAUCUGGCUCUCCUGAGUGAAGCCUUGGAAGUGGCUGGCAACGACCUCUUGACCUGCGCCAAGAGUAAAGUCCACUCCAACUGUGCCCCCGCUGACCACCUGGUCAACCAGUUCAAAGAAAACAUCCCCAACAUUAUAGAAGAACCAACAAGUAAAUUCACUUUUGAAGCUCCCAAGCCUUCGGUGGAUCAGUCAAAACAGAACAACAUCACACUUCAUCCCUUAGCGACUGUCUCCCCCCAAUUCCCUGUACUUAACCCGAAUGCCACCAAGAUGUAUCAGCCUAAUGGAGUCAGUGUUCCACAACAGCAGCCCACUGGAAAAAUUCCCAUACCUCCCCUCAACAGGAAGCCACAGCAAAGCCAGCCUGUCGUUGUCACCAGUAGAAAUUUGAUUUUCAUUACCACGCCCCCAACCAAGCCUAGGUUUACGCCAAUUCUACCAAAGACAGAGACACCAGACAAGCCUGUGGGUGAAGUGACCCCUAUUGUCAACAACCCAGUGACCCAAAACAAGCCCCCCACCCCCCCUGUAGCCCCACAGAACAAGAAAACAAAUGGAACAACACUGCUCAAUCUGGCCAGGCGAGUGGUUGCAGGAAUGUCCACAACAGAUCUUCAGAAGAAGGAUGACGACGGAGACACGUACCUGCAUGUGGCAGUGUGUCAGGCUGACUGCUACAUGGUGCAGGCUCUGCUGGAGAGACUUGUCAGGGAGAAGCUCACAGACAUGAUUGAUAUACAGAAUACAAUGGGGCAGACUCCACUUUACCUGGCAGUGAGUACCAACCACCCUGAAAUGGUGACACUGUUGAUUGAGCACAAUGCAGACAUUAACCCUUUUGCAGAGUGUAUUCUGCCCUCUGGUAUCCGUGAAAAGUCGGCUGCUAUACACUGUGCCUCGUCAAAGGGAGAAACCUACCUGGACACACUGAAAGCUUUACUCCAUGCCUCCCAUAUCAGCUGUUGCUUGAACCAAGUCAACUCUGAUGGUCACACCGCACUGCACUGUGCUAUCAGGUCACACGGUAAACUGGACGCAGAUGGAACACGCCUGAACAGCAUCCCCAUUAUACAGUCUCUGAUUCACGCAGGGGCUGACCCUAACAUGCAGGUCCAGCAGAGUGGGAAGACCUCCCUCAUGUAUGCUCUAGAGAGCAGGGACAUUGACUUGAUUGAGAAAACAUUUCAGCUGGUGGACCCAUCAAAACUUGGCUCCUACCUAAAAACACAGGCUUUUGACGGAUCAACUUGUCUGAAAAUAGCCGAAUCAUUAAAGCAAUCUCUGAGCCCUGUGGAUCAGCAGCGCCUGAACAACUGUCUGAAACCUGUUCGAUAAGUUACUGACACAGAAGGGUCAAAGGUUAGGUGUUAGGUAAAAAAUAAUACUUGAAAGUUGGAACUAAAAUCAAAAAAGCUUUUUUUUUUGUGUGUGGACAGUUUUUAAUGAACAUUUUUUUAAUGGUUGAAGUUUGAGAGUUUGUCAAAGUUUUGAUGUAUGAACUAUAUAAGAAUUGACAUUAUUUACAAAUUUAUUUUUGACCAGUCAUUCUGAUGCAUAAUAAUUUUAACUUGGCAUAACCCGUAACUUAUAUCAGACUAACUUGUAAAGUGACCAUCACAAGAAGUUUCGUAUUGUAUCAAUGUUAUUAUUUUUAUCAGCGUGUAAAUAUUUUUCCAGUUAUCUGUACAUUAGUUUUGUUAUUUGUACAUACUUUUUUUCUUUAGCCCUUCACCGAAGGCUUAGCCAUAGAUAUAAAAAUUUAUUGGGCCCAUUUAAAUGGGAAUGAUAAAAAAAGUUGGGGAAAAAAAACAAGUGGAAUUCAAAAGUUACCUUUUUUUUUAAAAAAUGUGAUAUUUAAAGUUUACAUUGUGCCUUUUUAGGUCAGUGCAUAUAACUUGUAGUGUAAAUAUUGUGUACAUUUAAACAUUGGCCUGUCCAUCAGUUUUGUAGAUACUUCUGUUUAUCUAGACACUAGUUAUAAUCGUAUAUAUUUCAUAAAAAUAAACAAGUUAACAUGUAUUUAAGAUAAGGAAUAAGUUUACGUUUUGACCAGUCACAAUUUGUGAUUGAAUUUUUUUUUAAAGGAAUGAUAAAGCAUGCGGCAGCUUCUGUUGAGUUUUUUUUUUACUAUAAGAUUUGAAAAUAACACCUUUUUGUUACUAAUGAUUUUUUUAUGCAAUUGUUUGUUAUUUCACCAGCUUUGCUUACAUUUUUUUCUCUCUUCAAACCAUGAGUAGCAUUUAUUUUAAUCAGUUUAUCAAUUUUUUUUUUCGGGUUUUUAUUUCUUUUACAUGGACUUAACUCAUUAGCAUUGAAAUUUGUAUAAUAAAAAGCUAUCGGCAUAUAGAGCGAUGAAAGAGAGGUAUUUAUAACUUACAUUUUUUAUCUACGUGUGCGGCCAUAUUUUGUUGAUGUUUCUUUGUCCGCCUGGGAAAAACAUUGAUUUGUUUGGGGAAAUUUGUGGCUGUCCAUGGUAGAGCGCACAACUACUAACCCAAAAGUCUUGAGUUAGGAUCCUGGGCUUGAUUCUGUAGGAUGUCCCUGAGUCAACCCAGCUCUAAUGGGUACCUAUCAAAGGUUGGGGAAACUAAAGGCGGCUGGGCAUAGUGCUAAUCUCCCUAUUUCCAGGACAGUUUUUGUAUAUGGUCAAUUUCAUUUCUGAAAUUAUUAUUUACAUAUAGUCUAGUGUUAUAUUAAUGUAUUAAAAUGAAACUAACAUAUAUUUUCACUUCAAAAUCAAUCUCUAAGAAAGUUUAGUUACAUGUUUGUCUCUAGCAGGAUUUAAAAAUGCCUGUCUUCAUCCUGUAUAUCAGUUGAAUGAAAUGCCUUCUUUUAAAAAAAAAUGUAUAACAUUCUUUUUUUCUCAGAAUUGUAUGUUGAGUUAUAAAAUUUAAGAAGGGGAUCUAAAAUUAUUAUAUGUUUCACAUUAGAUGGACACAAUAAAAUAGCAAAUUUUUUGAAGUAGAAAAAAAAAUCAAGGCACUUUUUUGUUUGUUUUUUAAUUAAAAAGCAGGGGAUCUAAAAUUGCUAUAGGCCUAUAUAUCUCAUUACACUGGCACACAUAUGGCAAAAUAUGUUUGAAGUCUAUUUUUAAGGAGAAAAUCACAAGACAUUUGGUUUUUUUAUUAUGAACAAGCAGAGGACCUAAAACUGUUGAAUAUAUCUCAUUAGAUGAAUACUCACAUUGAAAAAUAUUUUUGAAGUAGAAAGUCUUAAGUUUCUUUUUCAUACAGUUAUGCCUAUAGAUAUUACAUUUUUUUACUACUCACACAGUUAAACACAGGGGGGGGGGGGGGAAAUCAUUCAGAAAGGUGUAGAAAUCUGGUUUGGGUUUUAGUCCUGCAUUUCAAUUUUGUUAUUCAAAAAUCACUGUAAACACAGUAUCUCUGGAGCCUCUAGUGUUAGGUAGAUUUAAAAAAAAAUUAAAACAUAUCAAAUAAAGCCUAGAAAUAAAAGAAAUCAAUGUAUGUUUCUAGCCUUGGUUUAAGUGCCUGUUAAUUUAUGACAGAAUAUAUGUCUACAAAACCGUUAGGUGAAGUGUGUCUUUCAGAUAUGUUUUUUUCAGCUUGGGUUUAUCUAUUGCUAUAUCGAUUAGUGCCUAAUUUAGUUUUUUAUGUUCAGUUCAGUUCAUUCCGAUAUUUCAUAAAUAUUAACAAAUUAGUCCUGCAUAUCAGCAGACCUACAAAUCCUGAGCUCAUAAUUAUGUUGUCAUCUUUUAGUAUAUAUGUUUAAAAUGUGUUACUAAUUAACCUAAUCGUUUUAAAAAACAAAUUGCUAACAAAUAUCAGUGUAAACAAUUGUGUUAAAUCUUCACAAGGUAAAUAAUUUUAUGUUCACUUUUCACAUUGUAAAUAUUUUCAUAUUGUUGUAGAGAACUUUCCUCUUAAGUAAUUAAACAGUUAAGGGAGACAACCACUAUUACAGUUGAACUAAUGGAACUGAUUACCACAACUUUGUUAAAAAAAAUGUGUGUCAAGUGUUAAAAUAAAUAUUUAAAUUAAAAAGAAACAAAUAUUUAAGUGCAGGCUAGGCUAAUUAUUUUAUGUAUUACAAAAUUGUUUUUUUUGUAUAAAGGAAAUUGUAUUGUGUAUAAACCUGUUAUAUUAUUGUAUAACACUGACUGUUGUCUGUUUCUUCUAUCUGUAGUGGACAAUGCCUUCUAUUGAAUAUACAUUAAAAAGCUUCUUAUACACACCA